AUGGCUUGUGACAGGGUUAGAGUGGUUGAAUACCGCAGACUGCAGGAGUCUGAAGAAUUUUUCCAAUAUGGACGUCCUCACGUGGAACCUCCGGGUGUUGCCGUGGUGUGCCGUCGGCCAUUGGACAAAAUCCUACUCUACCUUAUUGCAUUAUCGUUACUAGGUCUUUGUAUUCACUUUGUGGUGGCCUUUUUCCUCCUACCCACUUUCCCUAUACCUCCACCGAAUGCAUCCAUUGACUGUGCUACCCUCAUAGGCUCAUGGAAUUCCGAUUAUACGGUGCUGCGUUUUUUUGGUAUUCCAUAUUCCAUCCCACCUCUGACGAAACCAGACGAACAGACAUUGGAUGUACUUCGAGAGUAUCUACGCGUGGAAAGCGGGAGGCCAGUUCUACGAUGGCAAAUGCCCCGGAAGAUAGAGGGUAUCGAAGGCUGCAUUUUAUCUCAGCAUGAUCGGUGCAGCUUCCAACGCAGUCGGUGGACGUGCAAUCUGGGCAGGAGGCGCCCUGUUAGUACAUGUAGUCAACCCAUUCCGGGAGAAAAAGUGGAUUUUGCCAAUCCUUACGCUCUAUUUCAACAAGAGAGGUGUCUCCAAGUUGAUAUAAGCACUCCAAUUUAUGAUGGAGUGCUCAAACCGGUGAUUGUACUGAUAGCUGGAUUUCAGUUUUUAACGGAACCUUUAAUGCCACCACAUUACCGAUACAGUGCCUUCAAGCCUACUGAUGAAGCGGUUCGUGACACUGAUGCGGUCUGGGUUUACCUCCACUAUCGUCUAGGUCUUGCAGGUUUCUUCUAUAAUCUCACAGCCCCCAUUGCAGGUGAUAAAACAAGAUAUCAACUUUCAAUUGAGAAUUUCGCCCUACACGAUCAAUUACUAGGCUUACGGUGGAUUAAACAGCACAUUAAACAAUUUGGUGGAGAUCCCAAACGCAUAACAGUACUUGGAUCUGGUUCUGGAGCCACAAGCACGUUGGCAUUGCUUUAUAUGAAAGGGAAGAAGGAAGAACUGUUCCAUCAGAAUAGUGAUGUACAGUUUGUUCAUUCAGAUGGAAAGCCAAUACGUCUGGUUUUCUCAUCCAUGUCGAACGAAUUGGAGGGAUGGCCAGGGACAGACGACUCUUGGAUGAGUCAGGCAGAUGACGAACAAAUAGAACAGUUCGCAGAAAUGCUUUACCGCUUCAAACAACCAUCAUCACACAACCUACAGAGCUUAAAACAUCUAAUGGGUGUUGCAUGGAGAGAAGACCUCUCGCGUAAGAAUGCCGGGGUUAAUCGUCGAACCAGGCAACAGUUUCAUCUGGAAUUGCUAAGUAUUCUUCGUUUUUCCUGUCCUCAAGCGUGGAUUUUGUCCAAGUUUAAUACCUCAAAGAGCAACUUUUACAAGAUCCUCCUCGAUGAACCGCCCGACCUUGUUGUGCCCUAUGCCCCUGGCCCACGACCCACGGAAAAGUUCACACCGUCUGCUAAACGAUUUGCUUUUCAUGCUCUCGACAUGAUGAUCUUGACAGGCAAAAGAAUUGAAUCGCAGGGCUCGGACUCUAAAGACAAUCCCCGAAAAAAGCGUUUUUGGAACUUUAAACAAAAACUGAAGCAAAUGUUUAAAGACUUCGUUCAUGGUGGAAGUAUUGAUUCACAGUGUGGAGCUACUGCCACAGGUACGACUGCUGAAAUCUACGAUAGUUUUGCAUUUCGUGCAAUCUUUUCCACCUUAGAUCCUCACGGUUGCCGUGUUACCGCAGAUGAGAUUCAAGGCUUUGGAAAGAACAAGAUUUUGACGGAAAUUUGUGAACUAAUUGACUGGGAAAAGUGGAUCUCUCAUAUCAUUGUCCACAAUUAA